AUGAAUAAAACUACUGAACAAUUGGAUAGCGAAUCUUGUGCUUCUGGUGGUUUAGCAAAAGCAUUAACUUCACCCAUUAUGAAAAUCAAUUUUGUAUGCAUUAUAUCAAUUAUUAUUAUAAGUUAUUAUUUUUUCUAUUUGGUAGUGAAAACAUUGAUUAAAAAUAAUAUAUUCUCAAAUUGCACCAGAGCUCUUUUGAUUUUUUGUUCUAUCAAUUCAAUUGUGCAUCAGACUACAAUGAUGGAAGUUCGCAUUCGUCAAAUAUACCGCAGCAUUGUAUUUGAUGAAGACCACUGUCAUAUUCUUUUUAAUUCAUCGGAAUGUGUAUUUGAAUUAUAUUUCUACUACAUGACUAACUAUUUUUCAACAUAUUCUGUAUUUUCUUUAACUUUUGACAGACUCAUUGCUUGUUAUUUCCCAAAGCUAUAUAUAAAAACCGAAAACUUGAUAACUAUAACUCUGCUUAUUAUACAGUUUUCUCUUACUGUUGGAACUCAUUUCUACGCCUAUCUGGGAGUUCCAUUGGCUGGAUAUGUUCCGAUGUGUUCAUACCCACCACAGUUGGCAAUACGUUUUGAUACAGUUAAUAAAGUUCGGACUUUAGUCAUGAGUUGCUGUAUUGUGGUAACUCUUACUAUUUUAUAUUUUAACAUUAAAGCAGAAAAAAGAAUCCAUCAUAACAAUUUUGACCCAAAUCAACGAUACUUUGCAUACGAAAAAAUGACAACAUCGAAAUCGGUUUGCACAUUGAUUAUUAUUCAAUUUUUAUGUGUUUUGAUAUCAUCUUUUGGUGUUACUAUACUCCGAAACAGCAAAAAUCAGCUUUCAGAAGAAGUUUAUCAUACAAUUGUUCCAUUUUUGCCGGGAGUGACCUAUGCAAACCUGUGUCUUCCAAUUAUUAUCUAUUAUAAAACAAAAUCAACUAUUUCUCGAAGAAAGAUCAACAUUGCAAAGUUGACAUCCACGUAUGGAGAUCUGGAUUCUCAUAUGAAACGUCUCUCGGAAAACUGGGCUUGAAAGAUUUACAAUUUUACCAUUAAUCAUCACAUUUUUCUUUAAUUUUUUGAUGUCAUGUUUAACUUAUAAAAAUCUCCUAAUUCAAAU